CGCAAGUGAAAUAUCACUUUUAGAUCGAUAAAAAGCCAUAAGAAAAAAAAAAAAAAAAAAGAUGGCUCAGAAUGAUACGGUGAAGCUCCUAGGUUCUUGGUCGAGCCCUUAUGCCCUUAGGGCUCGAGUGGCUCUACACUUGAAAUCAGUCAAGUACGAGUACUUGGACGAACCUGAUGUUCUCAACGCAAAGAGCGAACUCCUCCUCAAGUCCAACCCCAUCUUCAAGAAAGUCCCUGUUCUCAUCCACGGCGAUGUUUCCAUCUGCGAGUCACUCAACAUCGUUCAGUACGUCGAUGAAGCUUGGUCCUCUGGUCCUUCCAUCCUUCCUUCUCACCCUUACGAACGGGCCAACGCUCGCUUCUGGGCUCUCUUCGUUGACGACAAGAUCUUUGGAUCGUUGGAUGCGGUGGGAGGAGCAAAAGACGACGAAGGGAGGAUGGCGGCGGCGGGGAAGCUGAUGGAGUGUUUGGCGAUGCUUGAAGAGGCGUUUCAGAAGGGCAGCAAAGGGUUAGGGUUCUUUGGAGGAGAGGACAUUAACUUCCUCGACAUAGCUUGUGGGACCAUCUUGGGACCAGUCUCUGUGAUCGAGGCGUUUUCCGGCGUCAAAUUUCUCCGGGAAGAAACGACACCUGGGUUGAUCCAGUGGGCCGAGAAGUUUAGGGCCCAUGAAGCUGUCAAGCCUUACAUGCCUACCGUGGAAGAGUUCAUUGCAUUUGCGAAGAAGAAGUUUGGUGUUGAGUGAUAUGGUUGUUUAUGUUUAUGCAAAAUAUUAAAUGGGAUGAAAUAAUGAAUGAAUGAUGUUUUGUCGUCUUUGAGAACUUUUUUUCUUUUUAUAAGUUUUCCGUAUGUGCCGAAACUUUGUCUUUGUUCUUUCAUCUAAUGUGAUAAAAUUUUAUUUGA